AUGUCGAGACAGGUAGGACAGGUACUGACCUCUCAAGAGGCAGAGCCUCUCCAUCUCCAGCAAGGCAAUUGGCGUAGCAGCACACGACCUGUAUCCACUUUACCUUUUAUCGUCACGCGAGAUGGUAAUCUCUCUGCUAUUGGAGGUAUUACAUUCAGGAACCCUUCCGAUCAAGGCAUCGUCAUAUUCAAGCUAACUGAGACAAGUAGAGGCCCGUCUGGGUCUAUGCAGGAGAGGGUCGUGGAAGCAAGGGGGGAAGGAGUCAGGUGCAGUCUGCCUACAGGAACUCCCCAACUUCAUAGAACUGAGAUUCAGUGCUCGAGUACGGCUUCUGCCCCUUCAUGGAACGAAUCUUGUGUUACGGCGAAGUAUGGCAAGGUUCUUGCCAUACUGUGUAAAGCCGGCCAGGUCCUAGCCUGGUGCACGAUACUAUUGUACAUCUAA